CAGAUGGCAGAGGCGGGCAAGACGGUGAGGGUGACUGGUCUGCCUCCAGACGUGGACAAGAACCUGCUGUUAGACAAGUUYUUAAUUUACUUUCUGAGAGCCAAAAACGGCGGAGGGGAAAUCGACUCCAUCACGAUCUCCACUGAGUCCAAAUGUGCCCUCAUCACCUUCGAGGACAGCCCAGUGGCCGAAAGGGUAGUUCAACGCAAACAUCACAUCCUGGAAAUAAAUGGGAAGAAGUACAAAGUGACUGCAACGACGCAUCAGGAGCGUUUAUACCCUGACCAAGUCAUUUUGUGUUUAGCAGCGACUGUUGACUACAACAAGCUUCCUGGGGGAGUUGAAGCUUUGACGAGACUUAAGACAAGCCAUCCAAAAAUCAAGUUGGACUGCACUGCUUCUGGAGCAACGUGCACGCUGUCUGGUUCCUACUCGGACGUCCAGGCCGCUAUGACCCUACUGCUUGGCCAUCCUGGGGGUCCAGAGCUGGCAGAAAACGACUCGAGUCGUCAAGCUGCCCCCAGCAGUUCCUGGUCUCAAGAGUCAGAAGAUCAGAGCAACAGAGCUAAUAAACAAAGAGAACAAAAAGAAACGAGUAACACCGACAAGUCGUCGGACCGGGAAAGCUCGCGUUCAAAUAAGAAUCUGGCGCCCGGCGGUAACAACUGGGAAGCUAUCGCCGAUGAAGUCAGUGCAGCGCCGCGAUCUCCCGCUGCGUCUAUGGAGGACUUCUCUCUCAUCCUGGAUGCAGACAUCUUCCAGUAUUUGCAGAAACGCUGCAAAAAGCAAUACAAGCAAAUCCUCAGCCAGUGRGGCGUGGAGGUGGUCAACGAGACGAGUCAGGGCUUGACCACUUUGUUCCUGCAAGCUGCAGACGCAACAAGGAUGGAAGAUGGACACGAACGCCUGAACCUGGCUAAAGCGGAGAUAAGUCGGCUUUACCAGGAGAACGAGACAAAGAUCUGUCGAGAACACCUCCCCAAGUUAAUCCUGUGUCCCAAAGGGGGACUACGCAAAGCAAUGGAUAGUUUAAGUACCAGAUUUCCUAAGCUCCUUUUAAAUGAAGAUGAGCAAAAUGUUUACUUUAUCGGAAACACUUUAGAUGUGUCUGAGGCCAAGAGGUCUCUUCUUCUAGAUGACGAAGAAGAGAGCGAUAAAAAGGAGGAGGAUGCCAGGGUGAACUCAACAUCACCUGUGGAAGUGGACUCCAUGGAUGAAAAGGAAGAUAAGUCGGACGACUAUGAAUCAAUACAUGAAGUAACCUCAAAGUAUAAACUAGCUGCUCGGUUUAAAGAUUCAUUGCUGGGUGGAUUAAGCAGUCGACCACCUGACUUCACCUUCCGACCAAACUCAUUGCCCAGUAGACAGCCUCACCACGGGCCAGUGCUGGGCCAUGAUGUGUUGCCAGAAACAACUCAGAUUUCUGGUGGCACGGUGUCCAGAGCCCAAAACACAGGAGAGGACAUCCUGUUUAGAACCACUCCAUCUGCGUUCACUCAGUUUAAACCCUUUUUUAGCACAGGAAUGAUUGAUCCUCAACUCCAGACUCCAACAUCCCCCUUGAGCACUACUCCUUCCAGUUUUUCAGAGAGCGUUUCACGUCCCUCCAUCGGGUCUGGAUCCGCCUUGAAACGAGCCAGUAGUUUCUCGGGAACACCUCAGCAGAGAGCUCAAGUCGUGGUCCCGAAGAGCCGAGAUGAUUCCAGCAAGUCCACAGUCAGAACCGCAGAGAGGUCCUCCAGCUUCAGUAGCCAAGCUGUGAAGGACAAACAGGAAGGCCAUAACGCAGAGAUCACCGUUUCCAAGUUGAUAUGGGAAUACAUAAAGGAGGUUUACGGUGUCUGGGUGAAGGACCUGACCUCUGAAGUCCAGAUGACAGAAAGCUCUGUGGUAGGCAUACGGGAACUGACUGUUCUCCUAAAAGGGGCCGACUCGUCCAAAGUGAGGCGGUGUCAGGAACAUUUGGAAAAACGCAUCGCCCUAGUUAGUGCCGACUUCUCUGUGAAGGAGCUGCGUUGGUCAGAACUGGGCGACACCAACCCUGAAGACGAAACCUUAAAGGCCUGUUGCUCUGAGGUGAAAAGCCGUUUCAAGAAGAUCGUCGUCCACCUAUCUAAGAAUGCUUUGUAUCUCGCUGGUCAAGAGGAGAUGUGCUCUCAGGUUGCUGCCACGCUGCGGGAGGUAUUUUCUGGAGAACCUGAACACCACGGUCUCUCAAGUCCCUCUACGCCUAUGUGGAGUUCAGCCACUCAUUUACCCCUUAAUGAUCCUCAGAGUGAACAUCUGAACAACUCUCAGCUGGUUCUGGGAACUCAAACAGACAAAACCAACAAUCAUCAAUGGAGAACAACCUAUGAAGGGGACUUUGGUAGGAAGGAGGGUCUUAUUGGAUUUUCUAGCCAAUCUUCAGUGAGGAAGGACCACUUUAUGGAGACUACGGGUGUUGUGAUGGACAAUAUACAAAUGGAAACAGUUAUCCCUCGUUGUGCAACAGGAAAAGAUACGAGUCCGGUGAACGGUGACCUGUCCAGUGACAAAAAUCGAGACUUACAAACUCCUCAGACAGGACAGAGAAACAGACGGGUCCAGAACUCUCCAGACAAAUCCAGGUCAGAUCAGGGAGGCCAGGCUUAUAGGUGUGUUUGUGGGGAGACUGGAACCUCACCAGUCAGAUCAAAGUGUGGGAUUCUAAUGUGCUCUAAGUGCUCGGAAACGAGGCACGCCCACUGCAGAGUUUGUACCGAGGCGGAGCAAACGCCUGCCGGCAUUCAGGGUGAAAUAAAGAAAUCUAGACUUCACAUGAGUUUGCCGGGUCACAAAGACGGCGUUAUCAAGAUCCGUUACAACAUUCCUGAUGGCAUCCAAGGGGAGGGUCAUCCGUCCCCCGGGGAACCGUUUAAAGGAGGGACAUUCGAGGCCUUCCUUCCCGACAGCGAGACGGCGAGACGGCUGCUGCCCAGGCUGGAGAGAGCCUUCAGGCAGGGACUCACCUUCACAGUGAGAGGAAAAGGGACAGAGGCCAAGGUCACCUGGGACUGCAUCCCACACAAGACCAGCUUACAGGGAGGCAAAGCUCAGAAGGGCUACCCAGACUCCAGCUACUUGACUCGGUUGUCUGACGUCUUGAGCUCCUAUGGGAUCGAUUAGCCAUCAUCAGAGACACGUUUAAUCCUGUUGYUUUAUUGACAAUGUUUUAAAUUUGAUCAUCAAUCCAUCCAUUUCUCAGGGAGAGGACUAAUGUAGCUCUUAUGUAUUUUUUUAUAUUUCUUGUUGUAAUUACAAUGAUUCAGUCRUUUUACGUGUUUUAUUGACCCUCCCUCAUUGUUUGGGUUGUUUUAAACUUGUUUCUACUGUAAACGAAUGUUUUUACGAUAAGCUGCACUAAACUGUACAAACACACAUUUUGUAUUGUUUUUAAUGAAGUCAGGCACAAAAAUAAAAGAGCACAUUCCCUGACUUUGUGUUUUUGUUAGGCUUUUUUUAUUAGUCCUGGAAAACAUGUAAGGCAUAUGGUAACAUCACACACUGAAGCGUUACAAGCUCUAAAGGCCAUGUGGACAACAUGGCACCACMCACUAAACCCAAAGUCAAACACAGAAGCAGCAUCAAUUCAAAGGGUUUA